AUCCUUUCAUAUAUUUUUUUAUCUCUUAAUCAGCAUUUGCUCCUCCCAUGUGAAUAUAUUCUGCAGCUCAUAUAUCUUUGCUUAUUUUUUACAAAGACACAGACACAGCAAGCUUUAGUGCUGUUCUGCUGUACUCCCAACAUGGACACAAUAUCUUCCAGCUUCCUCGUCAUCCUGUUUCUAGGAAUAAACUAUUCAUCGUCAGAUAUUUUGCAUCGGCAGAAAAGAACCUGGAUAAUAGAUACUUUUUCAAUCGAAGAGGAAUACAGUGGAACUCAUCCGUAUGUACUCGGCAAAAUUGAACUGGAGAAUAAGUUCGCAGUUAUGAAGCUGCAUGGUCAGGGAGUCGAUGAGGAGCCCAAGGGGAAACUGGAAAUUGAUCCAAACACAGGGAUUAUCACCGUGCUCGGCAAAUUGGACUAUGAGAAAAACCAAAAACUUAUGCUGAAAUUUGAGGCAGUCGACAGGCUUACAAACGUCGUGGACACCAAACUUUCUGUUGAGGUGCAAAUCUUGGACGUAAAUGACAAUGUUCCUACUUUUACACAAACGUAUUAUAUGGUCCAUAUGAAAGAGUCAGUCCCACAAGGUUCAUAUGUGAUCGUUGUUUCUGCCACGGAUUUAGACAACAGAAACAGCAACAAUGGCACGUUUGACUUCAAGAUCGUGUCCGUCACCCCAGAGUCCUCUGACCUGGAAUUCUACAUGGAAAAGAACAGUGGUUAUGGAAACAUCUCAUUUAGAGGGUGUCUGGACUAUGAGAAAUCAAAGACGUACACUAUCCUGGUGGAGGUGAAAGACCACGGGGAAGCGAUUCAGCUGUCAAGCACCUGCACCGUGGUUGUCAAUAUCGAUGACGAAAACAACCACCUUCCCGUCUUCACAGGGCCCUCGCAAAGUGCAACUCUGGAAGAAGGGAUAGUAGGCGUGGAGGUUUUACGCAUGCAAGCGACGGACAGAGACACCAAGGGCACAGAUGCCUGGAAGGUCAAUUAUGUCAUCCAUGGAAAAAGUGGUGUAAACUUCAGAAUCGUCACAGAUCCAGAGACAAAUGAAGGGGUCUUGUCCGUGAUAAAGCCCUUGGACUACGAGGACCAAUCGCUUUUGAACUUGACCAUUAGUGUGGAGAAUUUUGGGAAAUAUUUUUCAUGCAAGGUUGUGAACAAGAAUGUAAACAGCAUUGGUCAUUGGAAAGUGUUGACAACGAAUGAGAAGCCUGAGCUGUCCACAAAGGUUGUAAUAUUGAAUGUUUUAGAUGUGAACAGCCCACCCGUAUUCAAACCCAAGAACAAAACAGUGACGGUGUAUGAGGACAUUUCUGUUGGGUAUAAUCUAGGGGCUAUGACAGCAGUUGACAGGGAUGUGGCACAUGGAAACAAGAUUCGUUAUUUCAAAGGAGAGGAUCCUGCCAAAUGGGUGACUGUGGAUCCAAAGAACGGUGUCAUAACAACGGUCAAAACAUUAGACAGAGAAUCAUCUGAUGUUAAAAAAGAUAUAUAUGCAGUCACUGUGUUUGGUGUUGACGACGGUGAGCCUCCGGCAACUGGAACCGGAACCCUGUUCAUACACCUGAGAGACCGAAAUGACAACACUCCCCUACUGGACGCCACAUCGAUUGGAAUAUGCAUCUCCGAUAACGACGCGGAUUCCAAAGCAAUCAUCACUGCCUUUGAUCAUGAUGUGGAGCCCUUCGGCGGGCCCUUCACCUUCAAACUCCUCGGAGACGUGGAGGACAAGUGGAGGAUUGAGCCUGAAUAUGGGUACUCUGUCAACCUCUUCCGGGAGGACCGGAUCCCCACCGGGCAACAUGUGGUUCAGCUGAAGGUGUCUGAUCAGCAGGACAACUCUGCUCUGCACAACGUCACCGUGAUUGUGUGUGAAUGCGCGGCUACCAACAUCGGGGGUAUGCCCAGCUGUCUGGAACGCCAACGCUCCAGCUCCAUCGGUUUCAGCGGAGCCGCUCCGAUAGGGUUUAUUGCCAUUCUUCUCCUACUAGGUAUAUUGCUUUUGGGGCUUCUACUAUCGUGCAAGAAAGAGGUUAUGCUCAUGCCAGAUGAAGGGACGGAACAAAACCUGAUUUGCUCAAACUCAGAGCAGCGGGGAAGCGACUGCAAGAUGUCAUUGAAAGCCUUACACGAGAGGGAGGACAGGAUCCAGAGGACUUGCGUGCCCGACAUUGGCUACCAGUUCCAGACUGCUGAUUUGGAUAACGAUGUCUUUCCAAAGUUGAACACUUCCUUUUGCGACACUCACAAUGGCUAUACAAGUGCAAACUCUUUCAUGGGGGGAGCUCAAAAUGGCUCAACUAGGAUAAACUCUUCCAUGAGAAGAACAAACGUUUCCUUUCGGGGAACUUCGAACGGCUACACAGGGACCAACGGCGAACAUCAUGCCGCUUUGGAAGACAUUUUAGAGCAACGCAACUACCUGCAACAAUUUAUAGACAGGAGAGUCGGGAUCCUCCAGUCCCCAGGGGAGGAGUUGGGAGACUACGCCCCUCACCUGUACGGUGAGGAGGGCCACCCAGACAGCAGCCAACCGCUGGAGCCCAUCCCCAUCCAGGAGGUCCACUUCCACCCAGACAUGCUGCAGUACCUGGACACAAAAUUCAACACGCUGGCCUCCCUCUGCAGCCCCGAAAUUAAAUCCUCGUAAACAUGUACGUGAGCACACAGAUGCAUGCAUAGACGCAUUUACACCCACCCACACCCACACACAUAACACGCUGGUAUCGGAGCCAACGGAUAAACUUCUAAGUAAAUAUUUGACUAAAUUACUUAAUAAUUAAUUAACUCCCACAGCCCAAGGUGAACAACAGUGUGUAAUACACUGCUUUAUUGAAUGAAUUACUUCCAAAUAUUUGUUUGAAAUAUUGGGCCAAGUAAGACAAAAGAAGUUUAACAUAGUUUGAUAAACAUAGUGUGACAAGUUAAUAGUUUUUCUUAGACUGCCAAAUUCCACCAAGUGGAAUGACUUAAAUCACUAAGAUAUAUGUACUGAAAUAUAUGUCUAUUUUUUGUGUAGUGUAGAGUUAUUUAGUGUAAAGCUCUGUGUGCUUUCCUGUCGCGUGAACAUUCCUUGCAACUAUCUUGAUGCAUUUCACCAUAACAUUAACAAUAAACACAACUGGUUCCAUGGUUAUUCUAGCAUUUUUGGUCAGGAAGUACCAAGAUGGUGGCUUGCACUUAUCUGAGCGAAACCUUGAUAUUAUCUAUGUAUUUCAGAAAAACAGAGAUAACUAUACUUAUAAUAUUUUAAGUUGUUGCUUCUUUUUGACACUUAGUCAUGAAGCUCUUUUUUGUAGCUGGACUUUAAUUUUGGGUGUAGGUUUGUUAUUUAUUAUGGGCUGUUAUUGUAAGCAACUGUGUAAAAAAGCAUCUGAAUGUAAUGCAUAUGUUGCCAAGUAUGGAAUCUUAGCAACAAUUAGUCCUGUCUGUGUUGUGAGAUUGUGGUAAAUGGGGCGCAUGGCAAAUUACAAUAUAGCUGGGGAGCCCCAAAGUGACAAUUUUUCAUCAUCAUUUCAUACAUUUUUUACUCUGCUAGUGGGUCUGUUUUUUUUGGAGGAAUUUAAGUUUUUCUACCCUGUUAACUAGAUGAUAAUUAGGCUUAGAGCCCCUGAUAACCUGUGCAAAACAAAAAAAAAAGUAUGUAAAAGUCGAAUGUCUUAUUCAGCCUAUAACCAUAUUUGUAUACAAAGAAACUUUCAUAAAAAAAAAUAAAAAAAGUGUGACUUCAA